GCCGAUCACGAUGCUCUCGACCCUCGCGCGGACGACGCGCCUCCGCCCGCUCCUUGGGCGCUGCCUCUCGACCAAGCCUCCCAAGACGCUCAUGAUCGCAUACGCUACUGCGCAACGCUUCCAGCUCGAAGACGACGCGUCGAUCGUCGACGUGCCGACGAUGCUCGAGCGCAAGCUCGGGUACGUGCCCGUCGUCCACUGCAUCCGCGACGCGACCGGCGACACGUUUCAGCGGCCGUUGGCGAAGGACACGGUCGAGAUCUUCUUCGACUGCGGGAACAGCGACGGCGACGCUCCCAAGGAGACCGAGCUCAACGAGAUUGCCGUGACGAUUUCGAAGCUGCAGCAAGCUGUCAAAGACGCCAACGCCCGCACCGACGUUGCCAACGCCCGUACUGACGUCGCCAACGCCCGCGCCGAUAUAUUCAAGACGCUUGCCGCCAACUACAAGGCGCUUGUCGUCGUCGGGGAAGCGCAGAACAAGACGUUGAAAGCCGACAACUUCAAGUUCAAGCGCGAGCGCGAGCUCGAUGAGCUCGGGGAGUUUGUCGCCAAGUUUCGCACUUUUCGCAAGCAGAAACGCCAGGGUGGCAAGCCCUCGAAGCUCAAGAUGCGCCGCACGAGCAACUCAGACAUCGACCCGUCACUGGCUGCCGUGAACGACCAGCGGAACGCUCGCGCCCAUCCGGUGUACAGCUACGCAAGCCUGCGCGCGAUCAUUGAUGCGAUCACACUGGACGAGUUUCCCGACUUCCCCGAGACCAAGGCGAGCUGCGACGCGGCGCUGGAAGAGUUUGAGCGUGAAGCCACGACCGAUCAGAAGCAUCCUUGGCGCUUUAACGACUAAUGGCCUAUUUAU